AUGAAAAUGAAAGGUGAAAAGGAUAAUAAAAGAACAGAUAAGAGCAUGGAUGUGAGAAGAGAUGGCGCAUCUUAUAUAGCCAAUAACUACAACAGUGGCGAGCUGUGCCAUAAGGAUGCAUCUUCUGCCACAAAAAUGAACAAGGAUGCAGAGAAUGAUAUAUUACAAGCCAAUCAGCAGUUUAAAGGCAUUAGAAAGCCAUCAUGUAUUAGUGAAAAGAUAGCAAAAAACAUUGACAGUAAAAGUGCCAGCUUGAAUAAUAAGCUUAUGCUGCACACUAGUUCAUAUGGACAUGGAUUGCACACACCAACAGUAGAACGACGAGAGUCUUUUGAGCCUUUCAAACAUGCCUAUAGUGUCAUCAACAAAAUAGAUUACCACAGCAGCAGAAAUAAGGUAUAUUGCGAAAAUGUGCUAUGUAGUACAUGUGUCAAAGAGCAAUCAGAAGCAAAUUACUAUACACCUAGAGUUUUUUUAAAAGAUUAUACCUUGAAGGAAGCUAUGAACAGCAGCGCUUUAGACCAUUCAAAUGCGACAUUAAAAGACAAUCUCAAUACCACAGACCUGUACACCUCCGAUGAUGCUUCACACCAGCCUGGCAGCACUUUCACCAAUAAAAGUAAUCCACAAGAAUACUUUUCCGAAGUAGAAAAGGUUUGUGAGGAUCAAACUUCUGUGCAUCCAGACUUCUUUGGUGAUAUGAAAUCUGAGAAAGGCCAGGUGCAUUAUAGAUUAGAGAAAAAAUCGCCAUUGAGCAUUGAGAGCGUCACAUCUCACUCCUACGUAGACUUCAGGGGUAAAAAGGGGCCAGUUAAUAUAAGUGAAAUUGGCGGAGAUGAUAAUAUUAAAGAUAUGCACCGAGAAAUGAGUGUCGAAAGUAACACCUUGGGAAAGCUAAGAAAGAAUGAGGAGAAAGCCCAUAAUAAAAUUCAUAACGACAAGCUAGCCUUACAGGAAAACAAGACGAAAAAGCACCAUAUUCGGCUGAAGAAAAGCCAUACCCCGGAAAAAGAAGGUGUCCAAUCAAAAGAUAUUGAAAAGGAAAUUGCCGAGGGUGGCCAUUUAGAGUCAAAGGAUGACAGCCAUCAAUUUAACGUGUAUAGCUAUAAGUACCCAGUUGAUAAGGAAGACAAAGGGUUCAAUAUAGAUAAAAUGGGAAGCGAAAUUGGGAGUCAUCAGGAUACGAUGCAUUGUGACUCAAAGCAGACACAAGAAAUGAAUGAGCUAGAUGGGACAGAGAAGAGUUUAUUUGAGAAUAAGGACUUGUCUGAAAGCGCAAACUUGGGUAAAGAUACUUUAGAAAAUGUGAAUGAGUCUGAGAGUACUGCUAUUGAAACCUCCUAUCCAGAGGGGUCGGAGUUUAACGAGCCUGAGUUUAACAGUAAUGAGGACAGUCUGGCAAACUAUGAGAUAGAUAUUAAAUGUAUGAGCCCACAGGAAUAUGAGGGAUUAUUAGGGAUUAUCAAAAUGAAGAGAAUAUUUAGGGACCAAUUGUACAAUAGAAAAGGAUAUAAAUACAAGUCAGAAUUUCAAGUCAGAGUGUUAAACGAUAUUUUGAAGAUAACGCCUUAUCCAAAUGCAGAAGUGUUAGAUGCUAUUGGAGUACUUUUAAAUCUGAAGCCCAGAUCUGUUCAAAUAUGGUUUCAGAAUGCAAGACAAGCAGGGGAGGCCCAGGUGAAUCGUGAGCAGUUAAAAGAGUUGAGAAAGACAUCCAAUAUUGAUACAAGGCAAAUAUUUGACAUUUAUUUGAGAAAUAGGAGCUCAAAGGAUUAA